GCCUUGAUCAAGAAGAACACGCCCGAGCCGCUGAAGACUCAGGUGAUGAUGCAGACCUUCACGAACCACCAGAUCCUACGGGAGACUUGCGAGGCCUUCGCUCAGCAGAUGAUGCAGCACGACCCGAGGGUAACCAAGAAGAAGUUCGACCCGAACGCCAUGGACGUGGAUGCUUUCGACAAGGGCGGCAAGGGCGAUUCCAAGGGCAAGGGCUUCGGCGGCAAGUCGGACCAGAAGGGCAGCGGUGGCAAGUCGAGCAGUCAAAGGAGUGCUUGGCAGAGUUCGGGCGGCAAGGGUGGCAAGGGCGACGGCAAGAACAAGAUGAAGAGCAAGAAGGGCGAGACGAAGCUCUUCGACGGAUGGUGUUCGAAUCCCCACUGCGGCAAGUACGGGCACAAGAUCGCGGACUGCAGGAAGUACGGCGGCGGCGCUUACCAGCCUGAUGACGAAGGGGGUUGGAUUUUUGCGUUUACGGACGACACUGACGGGGACGAAUGCGAGAUGCUCGUGGAUAGUGGAGCUCACACUCAUGUUGUACCAAAGGCUAUGACGGAGAAGUGCAAGCUCACAGGCGAGCCAGGUCAGUCUCUGCGAUCCAUUACUGAUAAGGGUAUUCGGACUUGGGGUAAGCGGACGUUGACGGGUGAGGUCUUCGAUUCGAACACGUCGAUCCCUGCAAAGCUAGACGUCACGCCAGCUGAAGUUCGUAGAGGUGCCCUUUCAGUUGCAGAGAUGAAUGAUGCAGGUUAUUCGGUGCACUUUGAUCCUGACGGAGCCAAGAUGUUCAAAAGCAACAAGAAUGUGCAGCACGAGAUAGAUAAAGCAAUCGAGUCGACAGUGACUUUGCGGUUACGACGGAAGGUGAAUGCGUUUCUUCUUCCCAUGAGGUUCAAGGAUCCGACAGGCGACGAGUCCAUCAUCGGCGAUGUCGAGGACCACUCUGAGAAGGACGACGCGGAGAUGAAGGAGGAGCCUGUCGAGACACAGCCUGUGGAGGUGCAGGACAGAAGGACAGGCUACCUCAUGGGAGUUGUCGUGGAAGCUAAAGGCAAUCAGAGCUACGCUAUAGCGGCCAUCAGCGAGUACCUGGACGAGCUUGGCUACAUGAGUAUGGAAGUUCAGUUAGACGGAGAACCAGCACUGGAGGCACUCAUGAAUGGAGUGAUUUCGGAGCGUAUCAAGAAGCUCGGCAAAGAGGCAGCUGAAGCUCAACUUCGAGUACGGCUAGUUCCAAAAGGAAGCCACGCUUCUCAAGGUGGGGUUGAGAGUGGAGUUAAGUCGGUUGCAGGUCUUGCAGGGACUGGGCGUUUGGCUCUGGAGAAGCGUUACAAUAUGAAGUUCACUGAGGAUGUUCCUAUCAUACCUUGGAUGAUUCGGCAUCAUCUAUUCUGCCACAACAGGUACCAGCGGAGAAGGAGCAGCGGUCGCGCAUCUUUCGAGGAGCUCAGGUUGGCACCGUACACUUCACCCAUGCUGGAGUUCGGAGAGACAGUGAUCGGCAAGGAGCACACGGAGCUGCAGGACAAGCUGGGUACAGCCUGGUGCAAGGGACUGUGGCUCGGACGCAGUUCGAAGAGUGAUGCUCAUCUUGUCGGCACCGCGACGGGGGUAGUUCAGGCCAGGACAGUGAAGCAGCUGACGACGGAGGAGAGCUUCGACAUGGAGAUGCUCAAAGCCAUGCGUUGGACGCCUUGGAGGACCUCGGUUCGAGCUGGAGUCUAUGAGGGCGAGAAUUGGCAGCCGACGGAAGGAUGCCCUGGGUGUGAGUAUGCAGCUAAAGGUCAGCACGGACGAGGACGGCCACCACGCCACAGCAGGACAUGCCAGCAGCGUCGGGCCGAGUACGAGAAGUCAAUCGCCAGCAAGGAUGACGAGCAGCCGAAGGUGGUCGUGGUUCCCGUACCUACGGCCAGCUCGGAGGCCAACAACGGCGAGCAGCAAGCACAGCGACCAGCAGGGCCAGAGCCAGCACAAGGUCAAGAUCCAGUUGAAGCAGUUCGUCGGGAGGUGCAGAAGAUCGAGAAGAGGCUUCGUGGCAAGCAGGGAGUACCAGCUCCAGGGGCGCCCGCUAAGCGAGGAGCUGCCGACGCUGACCUCGGUGAAGGCGGCCCUGGAGGCCCACCUGGAAAUCGUGGCCUGGUGGGGGCCAUCGAGAGCUUGAGUACUGGCGACCUCAAGAGGCUCGUGGCGGGCUUCAGCACGGAGGAGAUGAUGAGGCUCGUGGGCGAGGUCGACAAGGAGCUGAAGGACGACAUCGAGUUCAGCAUCGUGAUGGGCUGGACCGAGGACGACGAGUGGGAGGCGAAGCAGUGCGAGCUAGAUCGGUUCGACAACUACGACGUGUGGGAGCUCACGCUGAGGGGCCCUCACGGGCCUAAGGCACUUAUGUGGACUUGGGUUUUGGAGAUGAGGAGUGGUGAGCUCAAGGCGGGGCUUUGUGCGCGACCAUUCGGCAAGCAGGUCAACAAGAGCAAGAAUGAGCUGUACUGCCCUACUCCACUUUCGUUCCCACUCAAGCUGCUCAUGGUCUACGCUAUCGUCAAGGAUUUCGCCAUCUUCUUUUUCGACAUAUCUCGAGCGUUUCUGUACGCGCCGAUUCGGGCUUUGGUGUACGCAGAGGUUCCGAAGGAGUACUGCCAUCUUCCCGGUAGUUCGGAUUGGGUUUUCAAGCUCAAUAAGACCGUCUACGGACUUAACGAGGCGAUGAUCGAUUUCGACGACCAUUUUGAGAACAUCGCUACAGGACGGAGUGAUGAAUCUAAGAUGACUUUCAAGAGGUUUCUUUCUGACCCGUGUACGUUUGCAGACAGGGCUAAUCAAGUUGCUAUGUCCAAGCAUGUUGACGAUGGCACGCUGGUGGGACCCAGAGUUUCAGCCAGCAAAGCGUUGGAGGAGCUCGGCACACAUUUUCUACUCAAGGUUUCUGAGCUCACAGUUGGUGGUCCUGAGAUCAAGCACCUUGGACGUGGCUGGCUCCGCACCCCCGAAGGUAUUCAAGUUCGCAUGUGGCCUGCUAUUUUCAAGAAGCUACUCGACUCUGAGCCCAAUGAUAAGAAGACGAGCCCAAUACCAGGAGUCAAGAACGAGAAGAAGGUCGAGAGCGAGGAGGAGUUGGAUUCCAAAGCGGCCACAAAGUUCAGGAGCGUCAACGGCCUCAACAUGUUCGUGUGUUUGGAGAGGCCCGAGUGUCAGUACGCAGCGAAGGAGUGUUCGAGGGGGAUGUCACGACCGACGGUGCAGGACCAGACGAGGCUCACGCGCAUCAUCAGGUUCAUUCGAGCUCACCCAUCUUCAGUCACGUGCAUGUAUCCAGACAGCGGCGAGUUCAAGGUUAUCGGACGUGCAGACUCUAAUUGGGCAGAGGACCCUAUCGGGAGGAAGUCUACAAGUUGUGGUCAGUUGUUUCUCACUGGAGCUUUGAUCAUGCAGUUCGUCAAGACUCAGGGGGCACCAGCACUCUCGUCGCCCGAAGCUGAGUUUAACGCACUCGUGCAUGUCGGGAUUGAGGCGAGAGGAGCACAGACUUAUCUCAAGGAGCUCUUGGACGAAACUGUACCAGUGACGCUGGAGAGUGACAACUCCAGCGCUCUCACGAACGUCGAGAAAAAGGGAGUUGGCAGGAUGAGGCACAUCGAGUUGAAGGAUCUGUGGAUCAAGGACCUAGUCGCGCGUAAGGCUGAGACGAAGGUCAGCACGAGCAAAGUUCACGCCGACGAGAACACCGCAGAUCUUGGGACGAAACAUCUUUCGAGGGUCGAUUUCAUGAAGCACCUAACGGCGAUGAAGGUUUGGCUCACUGGGAAAGGUGAGGUUGGUGGAAUUUCGGGUUCAAGCAACGAGAAGAAGGGCCAGAUCGGUAAGCCUGCGCUGGAGCUGAUGGGAGCACUUACUCAAUGCUUGGUGGGUCUUGGUACGUUUCUUCAAUUUGGACGUGCGGACGCUACUGAGUUGGUGGAGAAGGAGUUUCAGCCAGUCGCGAUCUCAAGCCCUGCAGAUGAUGAGAGCCAUUUUGGCGUUUCCACAACGGUCGUGAUGAUGAUGCUCACCCUUUUGAGCGUUAUCGCAACGAGUGCAGUCUUCAAAGUCAAGCAGCACAUCGACCGUAUCACGCAGCCAGCACAGAAAGAUGCCUCAACUCAGUACAGCCUGAAGGACACGAUGAAGAAUGGAGCUACGAGCAAGAUCGUGGUCAAUGAUCUUCGGGCUAUGUUCACAGCUAUGACUAUAGACAGUGGACGGGAGUUUCUACGACUACGGCGAGUGGAUCGGGCCGUCUCGACAUAUACAAAGGCGAUGGUGGUCGAAGCUUGCGUGGCUACCGCCCUCAACGAGAUAAGGCAGGACAAGAUCUACAGUGUUGAUGGGUUUGUCGGGAUUUGGCGCCCUCGCUCGCUGGCUAUGAUUCGAUAUUGA